AGUUAACAAAAGUUAACGACGAACUCAUUUUAGUGUUUUAUCAAAACUUCGUUGAUCAGAGACUAAUGGCCUCCAGUCCAGUUCAAUGGGUUGGGAAAUAUUUAGCAUGCCUUGUAUUUUAGGCCUUUCUGUUAACAAAAGUGGACUUUGAGUUGGAAAAAAUUCUGUUGUUGUUGUGUUCAUCUCUAAGGGUCUGUUGGUGCCUGCAGUGACCAAACAAAGCACGAAAAAAUGACAGGCGGUAAUUCUCCAACGACUCAGAACACUCAGAGUCAAUCAAGACAGGCUUCUCCGUUGCACGCCGGGCAGCAGCAACAACUGUGCCAGGAUGGUCAACCACAACAACUUCGGAAGAAAUCUAAAGAGAUCAUCCACUCGGGACAUUUCAUGGUCUCAGAUUUUGAAGCUGAAGGAAGGGACGAUGAUGAUGAUGAGUUGGCUAUUCCUGUACCUGAAGAUGCUGAAGAUUCAGCCGUUCUUGUUGGAGCAGUCUCAGUAAGCAGCAUGAAUGCAGCUGGGGACCUUGCUGGUUCUUGCAGUAAUCAAGGAUCCUGUUCAGUGACAAGCAUAAUAAGACCUAAAAGAACUGAAACCAUUUCACCAGGUUUCACAAAAGAUUCUGGAAACUGGAUUCAGAAGAAUGUAAUUGGAGCAACAUUCUCAUGUGAGGAUCUUCCCAUGCAGGCUGUAGAGGAUUUCAUGAUCCCAGCUGUUACCAUAGAUCAAAGUCUCACCAAGCUGUUCCAGUGUAUGACCCUGGCCUAUAGUUCAAAGCUUACUUCUCCGCGAUGGAAGAACUUCAAAGGACUACGCCUACAAUGGAAGGAUAAAAUUCGUCUCAACAACUUGAUUUGGCGUUGCUGGCACAUGCAAUUUAUUGAAAGAAGGAACACAGCUGUAUGCCAGUUCGCUUCUCCGCUGGAAGUUGAUCAGCACAACAAGCCCGAGGCAGUUGUCCUUGAGGGGAAAUAUUGGAAGCGUCGGUUAGCAACCGUCACAGCCGAGUACAAAAAGUGGCGAAUCUUUUUCAAGAACCAGAUGAUGGGUCGUGCUUCCAAGGAUCUCAAUGACAUCAACAUGUGCGGGGAACUGGAUCACCUAGAUUGGUUUGCUCCACGUAGCAAUUGCAGUUUUAACUCAGGGACUGGAUCCCUCGCUCUAGAUGAUGACAUGUUCAUGGACUUCUCUGAUACGCUCUUUUCAAGCCUAUCGUCUAACCAGCCUUUUCCUUUCCCCAACCCAAGAGAAAUCGCUAAAGGAGCUGGUCUGGCCGAUUUUAUUCAACCUGGACUGAUUCAGUUACAACCCAACCUAGAUGAUUUCAUGGAUACUUUUGAACCGUUGCAUGAUUUGCUUUCUGGUCGGUUACCGCCAGUUGAAGAAGAAAUCGUCGCUGUCGAAGACAGCAUAGCUGGACGGACGUCUGAUCAACUUACCCAUCGUCGCAACGAUUUUCAAUUGCAUGAAAAUUCGCCUUAUUGUGCCUCAACUUCCACCACUCCAGUCAGUGCCGCUGCGAUAGUCGUUACGGCAUCCUCUCCACAGCCUUUGCUCAAUUAUUUUCAAAUGGAUCAGUCCAGUUCUUCAUAUUUAUCAAAUCCGCAGCUCGGCAACAGCCAUCGACAUUUGACAAACCAUCAGAAUACGCGGCCAUUGCCACAGUAUCAUCAGCAAUCACAAGAGCAACUUCAACAACAGCCGCUCGUCAACGAAUCAGCAUUUAGUCAUCCUAGAACGAUGGUUGUGCCAUCGUCACAGAAUUCGGUGUUUGAAUCCAACGCCCCAUCCCUAGGAUCGUCCCACCAACUUCAACAACAGCCGCAGCUUGUCCAAUCGACCGAUGGAUUCACGGCCUCUGGAAGAUAUGAAAAUGCAGCGUCUCAUUCGGGAGCUUUCCAACGGCAAAAUAGUGGAGGCAGUGAGCAUGGAUUCGUCGUACCAACAGCACAGUUUCAAGGAAAACAACGGAGUAGGUCGAGAAGCGGUUCGGGACCCAAUACGCCUGGAAAUGGAUCUGCGGCCAUUUUUCCACAUGCAGCAACCACGUCACUUAGUGCUAGCCAGCCUUCUAUUGGAUCCAGUCGAGCUAAUCGUACUAAACCGAAUGGCAGUUCGAGCAGUAGUAGCAGCCCAGCUCGUUUGCUAAGCAAUUCGGCCAGCGCGCAAGAGGCCGGCCUGCCACGAAGCAGUCGCGGUGUUGGUCGUCUUCGUUCUAGCUCUGACCUACAACCUAUCAUGCCUGUGCCUACAGCGGCGGUUUCGACCCCUGCUACUGUUGUACCUCGUACCAUUCUUCCUGACAAUAGCGCUUUGUUGGCUCACCUAUUGACAAGCCCCAAUCAAAUAGGGACACCAUCAACCACCUUGGUGUUAACUGCUGAUUCGUCAGCGACACGGAUACCCAUCAUCUUUCCUCUUCAAAACCCUGAUACUACGACCACAAAAUUGGAAAAGCCAUUGACCUUGUUGCCUACAACUGUAAAUCUUGAGUAUUCCAACGACAGUCGCCCUUAUAAGCAAGAGCCUUCCCCGAAUGUGCCGAUGGUAGAAGACCUAAUAAACCAAAAUACCUCAAGGAGCAGAAGUAGUGAUGGCGAACGCACCCAGUACAGGGAGCACCGUCGAGUGUGUCACAUUAACGCCGAGCAAAAACGCCGCUGCAACAUCAAAAAUGGCUUUGAUACGUUGCAGUCUUUACUACCGGGCGGAGGUGCAACAAGCGGAUCGGGGAAUGGUAGUGGUUCAUCCGCUUCUAGCCAUGGUAAAUCCAGUGAUGUCAGCAAGGCUGCAAUGCUCCACCGUGGGGCCGAAUUCAUCCGUCAACUUCGCCAGGAGCGGCAACAGCAACAAGAAGAAAUGGAUCAACUGAAACAAAACAUUGAAACGCUCAAUGCGGCCAUUAGCGGUUGCCAAGCGCUCCUACCUGCAAAUGGUGCUCCCGUCUCUCGUCAGCGUAAUAACCGAAUGAGAGAAAUGUUCGACGAUUGGGUUCGAGUUCGAACAUUGCAGAAUUGGAAAUUCUGGAUUUUUUCCAUUUUGAUACAGCCCCUCCUCGAGUCCUAUAGCACGGCCCUUUCCGCCGCUACUUACGAAGAUCUCUGGCAAAAUGUUUUAAAUUGGGUAGACCAGUAUUGUUCUUUGAUUGCCCUACGUCCAGUGGUGUUCAACUCGCUUCGGAACUUAAGUAAAACAACCGACAUUAUAGCAAAUCCGUCUCGAUUGCCAGCAGAAGCCACCCAAGCUGCAUGCAAUCCCGAUAGGACUACAGCGCCCAACAAUCUUCCGUCAACGACAUAAUUGCCCUACUUCAUUCAAUUUACAGUUUUUCUCCCUGUCCAUCCCACAAAUUUUCAAAAACUUUCCAUUCCGCGGAGAGUUCUAUACAACAAGAGUAGAUUAAUCCAAAUUUCAUGCGGCAAAAUGUUCAUAAUCGACAGUAGUCAUUACAUAGCAGAUGUAGUUCUAUCCUAUUGUAUAGAUAUAUGAAGAUAUUAGUUCACAAUUUAAUCUAAUAGUAAUUUUUAAAAGCCCUUUAGAUAGUGUAACUGACACGUUUUCAGAGUAGCUUUUGAGAAAGAAAGAAUGGUAUGAGUCAUCGAGAAAAAUAAGCAAAAAAACCACACAAAAAUGCGGUGAAACGAGUGGGUUUUUUUCCUCACCCACAAAAAAAAAAAAAAAAAAGUAAAUCAAGAAAGAUAAAAAAAAAAAAAAGCGAAGACUUCAAAUGGUAUCCGUUGCAACAGCCUGAUAUAUAUGUAUUUUUCUUACUUUAAUUUCUUCUUUAAUUCUCCUAGUAAGCAAAAAAUAUUCGCUCGGUUUUUUCUGCAUUUCUCUGGUUCACGCUCCCCCCACAAUCGAACUUUGAAAAAAAAAAACAAGUAAAAUACAUAUUCGUUGUAUUGUUAAUCUUUUGCAUCUUGGAAGAGUACAAAGGAUGCAGGAAUUCUAUGAUGUACAAAACGAUUGGUGAAUCCAUAGAUCGCAUGUGGGUUGUUUCGUGUCAUUUUUAUUUGAAAAUAAAUCGGUCAAAAAACAUG